UCGUUUAUGAUAAAUAUAAGGGAUGUCUGUGCUUUUAUGUUGUUUUAGAACACAUUUUGCAGUUUUUUAUUAAUGACGAUAUAACAACAUACAGAAAAAUUAUGCUUUCAAAGGUGAUAACGAUUGAUAACUAACUGUAACCAACAAACCUUUUGCAAUAAAUUUAAGAGAUUGUUUAUUAACGCUUGCGUGUUGACUUAAGAAGUAAUAAACAGAUAGCAAGUAUUAAAACUAAAACAACCAAAUAUAACAAAGUUUACCAUAAUAAUCCUUUGAAGAAGCAUCCCCUUCUAUAACGAAUUGAAAUGGCUACAAGAAACAAAGUUGGAGAGUAUGAGCAAGGAGAUAUUAUCAUCGAAGGAAAAACUAAGGUAGUAUUCGAUUUACCCAACAACCCUGGUCAUGUACUCCUUUUAAGUAAAGACAGGAUAACAGCUGGAGAUGGGGUAAAAGCUCAUGAUUUAGCAGGAAAAGCAGAAAUUUCUAAUACUACAAAUGCAAAAGUCUUUGAAAUAAUAAACUCUGUAGGGAUAAAGACUGCUUUUGUAAAAGUGGCAAGUAAAAAUGCCUUUAUCGCCAAGAAGUGUGAAAUGAUCCCAAUCGAAUGGGUGACAAGAAGACUGGCAACCGGUUCUUUCAUUAAGCGUCAUCCAGGAGUUACUGAAGGAUAUCGUUUUUACCCUCCCAAACAGGAGACUUUCUUUAAAGAUGAUGAAAAUCAUGACCCACAAUGGUCUGAAGAACAAAUUAUCUCAGCUAAAUUCAAAUUCAAUGGUCUCACAAUAGGUCAAACCGAGGUGGAUAUUAUGAGAAAGACCACAAUUUUAGUGUUUGAGGUGCUAGAGAAGGCUUGGGCAACCAGAAAUUGCGCUUUGAUUGAUAUGAAAGUCGAAUUUGGUGUAGAUAGCAAUGGUGAAAUUCUUUUGGCCGAUAUAAUCGAUUCGGACUCGUGGCGUCUCUGGCCGUCGGGGGAUAAGAGAUUAAUGGUUGAUAAACAAGUGUAUCGUAAUUUAACAUCUGUAACUCAAGCAGAUUUGGACACAGUGAAACGUAAUUUUCAAUGGGUCAGCGAACAACUGGACCACCUUGUACCCAAAAACGACCAUCUAGUGGUCAUCCUCAUGGGCAGUCCCAGCGACAAAGACCACUGCCAAAAAAUACAAAACUACUGCGAAAAUUUGGGACUGAACGUAGUCACGCGAAUUACGUCAGCUCAUAAAGAAACAGAAGAGACAUUGAAAAUAAUUAGUUAUUACGAGUCUCUGCCCCUUAAAGUGAUUUUUAUCGCUGUGGCAGGAAGAUCUAACGGAUUAGGGCCCGUAUUAUCAGGAAAUACAAGUUAUCCAGUUAUAAACUGCCCCCCUGUUAACAACGCGAACGUUAUCCAAGAUAUCUGGUCCAGUUUGAACGUACCUUCGGGCCUAGGAUGUAGCACGGUUGUUUAUCCCGAAUCGGCUGCAUUAAAUGCCGCACAAAUAACAGGGUUAUCAAAUUAUAUUAUUUGGAGCAAGCUGAGGGUCAAGCAAUUGAAUAAUUACGUCACACUUAAAAAAGCUGAUAAAUUAUUGCAAAACGAAUCUUAAUAAUAAUAGGAUAAGAACAAAUAACAAAUAAAAUUACUGUAAUUAAAACGAAA